AUAUACUUCAUCGCAAUGCCAACUCACUCAAGGCUGUGUCUUAAGCUUCAGCUUUAUUGGGCCACGAGCCCUCAUAAUAAUCGUUAUAAAAAGGUAGAAAUUUGUUUCAACCGUAUAAGCAUGAAACUUAUUCAUUUAUCUACUCUGAUAUUUACUCUACUUUUAAAAAUAGACGAUUUCGCGAAGCUAUUCGCAAUUAAAAAAGUUGACUUUUAGUGUAAAAUGUGUUGCACAUGGGGGGGUGUUGCGAAAGGGGAUCCACACGGUUACUUUAUGGUGCAUGACAUACUUCAAGCUGUUGGGAUCUUGUUAUUACUGCAUUCAAUGAUGUUGGAUAUCCAGGCUAAGUCAUUGCUCUUACAUUGCCUUCUUCUAAUGACUGGUCGGAAGAUGUUGGCCUCAUUCGGAAAACAAUCUCUAGCCUCGUUCACGAGUAUGAUAUCGUUAUUGUCGCUCAUAGUUUUAGUGGAAUGACUGGUGGCACGACACUUGAAGGCCUCGAUAAAAAAUCAUGCCUUGCGAGGGGAUUGAAUGGUGGCGUUGUGAGAUUGAUUUAUAUUACUGCCUUCCUCGUGCCCGAAGGAUUCCAGCACUCAGCAUAUGGUACUCGUGACAAUAUGCUUCCUGAGAUGAAGACCAACUUCGAGGCUGGAAUUGUCACCGUUCUGCCUGAGGACGCCAAGGAAAUGUUUUGUCAGGACUUGGAUGAUGCAACCGUCGCUGAACUGAGUAAAGAUCUGCGCCCACACAGUCUUGGUAGUUACUGGUGUACUACUUAUAUUAUAUGUACGAAGGAUAGGCCCACUACGGUAUCAACGGAACACUACCUAAUUGAUACGGCAAAGGCGAGCGGAGCGCAUAAAAAUUGACAACAUUAUAUAGAAAUAGAUGCCGGCCAUUCUCCUUUCUACAGCAAACCCCAAUGGACUGCGGAAACUCUUAUCAAGGAAGCGAGUCGCCACGUCUAGGUGGAUGGUUAGAUGAUUUUGUUUGAAUAAUGCUGAAUCACCCUCGGGUAACACAAACUAUUAUACUUCGCUUACGAGGCAAUGUUAAUAGACCGACAGUUGAUCGAGAGCUAUACUAAUUAUCAAAUCUGAAAAUAUUUUAUUUACAGGGUGACUAUAUAGUAUUCACUAUAAAAUAUAUAAGGAC